CACCCGCUGCUGUCGUCCAAGAAUAGACCUCCACGUUUGUUGCUUUCCGGAUAGUGGAAGAGGCUUUCCGUUCCUGUGCCGAAACGAUUUGAUAAAGAAAAAUAACCGGCGCCUCACGCAACAUCCAGUGUUCUCGCCUGAAUUGACCACCACUAGCGUGCUCGCAUCGGACUAAGAGAUGGCACCGAAGAAGCCCACGGAACCGGAAGUAAAGCCUCUGAUCGGACGUAUCGGAACCAACCUGCGCAUCGGUAUCGUUGGUGUGCCGAACGUGGGCAAGUCGACGUUCUUCAACGUGCUGACGAAGAGUGCGGCACCGGCCGAAAACUUCCCCUUCUGCACCAUCGAUCCCAACGAGAGUCGAGUUCCGGUGCCUGAUUCACGAUUCGACUAUUUGUGCGAGUACCAUAAACCCGCCAGCAAGGUGCCGGCGUAUCUGAACGUGGUGGACAUCGCCGGUCUGGUGAAGGGUGCCGCCGAGGGUGCCGGCCUGGGCAAUGCUUUCCUGUCGCACAUCAAUGCGUGCGAUGCUAUUUUCCAUCUGUGCCGUGCGUUUGAGGACCCGGACGUGACGCACGUCGAGGGUGAGGUCGACCCAGUGCGUGACCUGUCCAUCAUCAGCGAGGAGCUGCGGCUGAAGGACGAGGAGAAGCUGAUGAUCAAUCUCGACAAGCUCGAAAAGCUGGUCACACGCGGCGGUGACAAGAAAAGCAAGCCAGAAUAUGAAACGUUGCUUAAAAUUAAGGAAGUGCUAGUGGAGGAGAAGAAACACAUCCGGUUCGCCGACUGGAGCGCGCAUGACAUCGAAGUGCUGAACAAGUACCUGUUCCUCACGUCGAAGCCGUGCAUCUAUCUGGUGAACCUGAAGGACACGGACUUCAUCCGGAAGAAGAACAAGUGGCUGCCGAAGAUCAAGGAGUGGAUCGACAAGAACGAUCCAGGUGCACCGAUUAUCCCGUUUUCCGGCGUGUUUGAGAACACACUAUCCCAGCUCGAAUCGGACGACGAGCGCAAGAAGUACGAAGAGGAGCACAAGUGCUACUCGGUGCUGGACAAGAUCAUCACCACCGGCUACAAGGCGCUGCAGCUCGAGUACUUCUUCACCGCCGGCCCGGACGAGGUGAAGGCCUGGACCGUGCAAAAGGGCACGAAAGCCCCCGGGGCCGCCGGCCGCAUCCACACCGAUUUCGAGAAAGGCUUCAUUAUGGCGGAGGUGAUGCAUUUCAACGACUUCAAGGAGGAGGGCUCCGAGUCAGCCGCCAAGGCUGCCGGCAAGUAUCGGCAGCAGGGUCGUAACUACGUCGUCGAGGAUGGUGACAUUAUUUUCUUCAAGUUCAACGCUGGCGCUGGCCUGAAGGACCCGAAGAAGAAGUGAUACCACCGGGCCGCCACCACCAUUAUCGUCGUAUUUCUCUACAUUAACAUGAUCUUUUACGCGCACUUGUUUCUGCCGCAGCUGAGCUGAACUGGCAAUGGUCGCCAUCAGCCGGCCGGGCAGCUCAGUCAGCUUACUUAGCUCAAAUGCAUGUGGACUGCGCCUACAAUAUGUUACAUGGAAUAAAUUAUCGCUACAGAUUUGACAUACAAUU